AUGAAACGCAAGAGGAAGGUGAGUUCCCCACGUCCACGUGAACGCUCUGCGCAUAUAAGUUUACCACGUUGACGAACAAUAAGAAACCGUAAGAAGUAGCUGUGUCACAUUCAUUCGAAAGCCGAGCAUUUGUGCCCACGGAGAGGCAGUCCGGUUUGUGAGCCUCUCAAUGGCACAAGCAUUCCACGCCGUCACGCCAGUCAAUACGCCGGCCGUCUUUUUUUUGCAAAAAGAGAAUUCACCUUUGCCGCUGCCUACUCUGGUAAAAAAGCCUCUAGAGGAGAAAUUGCAAAGUAGUAUUGGUGUCUGGUUAGCUGGCUUAAAGUGAAAAAGUGUCGAUGAUGGAAUAAUUAGCUGGUUGGGCAUAGCUCCCUGCUCGGCAGACAGGAAGCAAGGAGAAAACUAAAACCAACAUUCCAGACUGCCUGAUAACUUCCUGCGCAUGCGCUCUCUCUCCUCGAGAGGUUGCCUCGACAUUCCCGAACGCCGAAUUGGGACGCAAAGGUUGCGGGAACGGGGGUGGGUCGGCGGGGGGGGGGCAGUUUGCGAGAGCGAGAGAGACCGAUUUCAGCUGUCCGGUGGUUUGGUGGACAUUUCGCAGGACCUUAAAGUGACCGCACCGGACCAGGACAAGAGCGUGUGGAAGGACAUGAAGCUUCGGCAGUCGACCCAAGGCGAAUUACAAAAAAAUUGUUAACGUCCACCAUGCAGACAGUUCGACCGCCACAACCGACGAUGGCCAACGUGUGCUCCGCAACAGGGUGAGAGCAGGCACGAUGGUUUGUGCGUGAAUCAGUUGAUCAUGAGAGUAGACUUGCGUAGCAUCUAACGCACUGCCUCCUCCUGCUCACCUGAGUCCGGUGUCAAGAUAUAGUCAAGGAGAGCGGAGGCGGGAGUGGGCGCAGGUGGCUGGCAUGGCCGGACCCGCACCUAGGCGCUCCACUCCAUAACUCCUGGUUCACAACAAACACUUGACCAGGAUAUUAACCAGCAACAACAGCACCACAACGGGUCAGAAAGAUGAGAAUGACCUGUAUGACCCGGCCUGUAUGCCCAGCGGGAGCGCAGGCUCAUCUAGCGGCAGGAAACCAGGUGCCAGAGAACUGCCAGCGCACACCAGGCCGCGAGGGUCAUGACUUGUUGAACCAUGGCAUAACAGACAUAAACAAACCUUAAGACCCAUAUGCUAUUUAGUCACAUGUCCUUGGAAAUGCGCCCUUAUUUCCAGCAUAUCGUUGCUCGCCAGAUCAGCUUCAGUUGCCUCAAGGACUUUAGCCCAUUUUCGCACGCGGCCGAAUCGAAAACGCCGAGUUAAAACUUCUAUAAAAUCCAGAAAACUAAAAGGAGAAGCCUGGGGCGGGGGGGGGGAGGAGGAGGGGGAACUCGCAGAGGCGUCCUGCAGCAUCAGAGAAUCCCCAAAACACAUUUUUAAGCUUGUAGAUAUAUGCGCAGUGAUUCUGAUUGAAAUAAUGAAUACUUCUCGGUAUUAGGAGUGAGGCGAAACUGGUUCCUGCCCUCAGGACUCUUGCUACUACUACUACUACUACUACUACUACUACUACUACUACUACUACUACUACUACUACUACUACUACUACUACUACUACUACUACUACUACUACUACUACUACUACUACUACUACUACUACUACUACUACUACUACUACUACUACUACUACUACUGCUACUACUACUACUACUACUACUACUACUACUACUACUACUACUACUACUACCACCACUACUUCUAA